GCAGCGAGGAGGAGCUGUUCGCCGCUGAUGCGUUAUCACCAGGAGAGGGGAAAGAGGAGGGGAGGGCUUACAAGCCCAGUCCCGCGGAACAUCCUGCAAACAAGUCCGGGAGUCGAAACCAAACUCCGCUCAGUGUUCCCCCCCCCCCCCCCCCCCCCCCCCCCCCCCCCCACCUCCUCCCUCCGUGCUCGUGUCGUGAUGCCGCUCCGUGGGGAGGAAGUCUCGGCGCUCCAGCUAUAGUUGGCCCACUCUGCAGGUCGCUUUUGCCCUGCUGGACAUAUGAGUGAGCGCCGUUUUAUUGUUUUCAUCUCCGAAAGCACGGCGGUGGGACAUCCGGCAUGGAGAGUCCGUAGGAGGAGGAGGAGACCACGGUCGCUACUGGGUUGGUGAAGAGAGCGCGAGCGCACCGACGCACGCGCUUUUCUGCGCUCGAGAUGGACUUCAAGAAGACCAAAUUUGGAAGGUACAUGAACUGCAGGGUGCCGACCAACAAGCGAUACCAGCCCACAGAGUACGAGCACGCAGCCAACUGUAUCACACACGCGUUUUGGAUUCUUCCCAGCAUGGUAGGCGGGUCUGCGCUUUACUUCCUGUCUGUGGACAAAUGGCACCGGGUCGCCGCCUUGCUCUAUGGGAGCGGUCUCACUGGCCUCUUCCUCACCUCGACGCUCUUCCACACGGCCGCCUGGAAGAUCAGCCAUCUCCGGAAGGUGGAGGAACGUUUCCACAUGUGUGACCGGAUGGCCAUCUACUUCUUCAUCGCUGCCUCCUAUUCUCCCUGGUUGAUGCUGAGGGAGCUGGGACCCUGGACGUACCACAUGCGCUGGCUGAUCUGGGUCAUGGCUUGCGUUGGGUCCACGUACGUCUUUUUUUUCCACGAGAGGUACAAACUGGGAGAGUUGCUGGGAUAUGUGACAAUGGGGGCUGUUCCUGCGUUGGUCAUUCUGUCCAUGGUGGACAGCGCAGGUGUGUGCGAGCUGGCUCUGGGAGGCGUCUUCUAUGUGGUGGGCGUGGCCUUCUUCAAGAGCGAUGGGCUCGUCCCAUUCGCCCACGCCAUAUGGCAUCUUUUCGUUGCGGUCGGAGCGGGCGUUCAUUACUACGCCAUCUGGAGGUACCUGUACGUGGCGGGACCACAGCCGCAGACGUCCAGGUGACGGACAGCUUUUCAGCCUAUCUCAUCGGAGAAUAAAUACUGAAAGCUGCCGAUUCGAAACCCGAAGGCGGCUACUGAUGGUUGCACUUAAAUGGACUGAAGGGUUUCAUCUUGGGUUGGUGCUGAUGAUUAAACUCUCAGUUUUAGGGACGAAACACCUGGUCAAAGCCAGUACAGUAGGAUAAAUGGAGCAUUUUCUAGUAUAUUAUUGUGUUUCUGCUGUUAAAGAGCUGACUAAGAGCAUUAUCUGUAUUAAGUUUUCAUUUGUUUCUCCAGCUUAAGGACUGGUAAACCUCACCCAUGUGUGUGCCUAAAUAGAGAACUGUGCAAAAGUUUUAAGCACUUUAUGUGUUUUUGAUUCUGAAGCCUACAUUUUUUAAGCAAUAACUUAUAUCAUUGCU